UACAAAAACAGCGUUAACCAUAUCUUUAACCAGAGAAAAAUUAAUAAAUUUUCUUAUAUAGUCUCUUCGUGUCCCUACUCGCCGACUACCACAGGAAGGAGAUUAUCCCCACCGCGCAUACAGAGAGAGAAAGAGAGAAAGAAAGAGAGAGAGAAUAUAGCAGCUAUAUUAUAGAUCUAGAGAGAGAAAGAGCGUGUUUUUCUGUUUCUGUGUCGUCCAUAAGGAAAUGAAUAAUAAUAUGGAUAAAAGCUGUCAAUCUUCAGGGGAUUCUUCCAUAACCACCACGACGAGCAGUAGUGGCAGAAGCAGCACCACUGGAAGCAGAGAUCAGUACCUGAAGCACCUCAACAAGCUCUCCCACAAGAUCUCCAAACCCAUCAUCAAGAAACCUCCACUGUUUGAUCAAGAUCAUUCCUCUCUCAACGGUCACCAGAAUCAGAGUUUCAACAAUCCCCAGACCCAGACCCAGACCCAGACCCAGACCCAGACCCAGGCCCAGCCGCAGAACCUGCAAGCACAGCCCCAGCACCAGCCGCCGGUUUACAACAUCAACAAGAACGACUUCCGAGACGUCGUCCAGAAGCUCACGGGCUCCCCGGCCCACGAACGCUUCCCCUCCUCCACCUCCACUCCUCCGCCGCCGUCUGUUCACCAUCCCAAGCCCGCCAGCUCCCGCCUCCAGCGGAUACGCCCUCCGCCCCUGGCGCAAAUUAGCAACCGCCCUCCUCCCCUGCUAAAUAGCGCCGUCCAGCCCCCACUGCACUUCGGCGGCGUCGGUCGGCCGACGGCGCCGCUAUCCCCUCUUCCGCCUCUUCCGGCGGUUCACGCGGCGGCGGAGUCCCCUGUUUCGGCCUACAUGCGAUACCUCCAGAACUCGAUGUCGGCCGCCCUCGAUUCGAAUCAGAAGCAGCCCUCGGGAUUCUCGCCGCUAGCACCUCUGGUCUCGCCUCGGUGGAGCAAUCUUGCGCCGCCACAGCAGCAGCAGGGGAUUCUUCCUCCGCCUCCAGCCACAUCAAUGAUGCCGCCGCCGCCGCCGCCGCCGCCGCAGUUCCAUGUGCCGCCGUCUCCUCCGAUUCCUUUCGGGUGCUUGAACUCGCCGAGGUCGCCUUACCCUUUGCUCUCCCCAAGCCUUCUGCUCUCGCCGUCGUCCGGUCAAUUAGGAUUUCCUCAGCUGCCGCUCUCGCCGACCGUGCCCGUACCAAGCCCUCGAUGGAGAGGAUUCUAAGCUUGGUAAGUCGCUCUCUUUGAAACGUUGUCGUUUCAGGGUUUAGGGUUUUGUUUUUAUUUUUAUUUUUUCUUUUCUUUUUCUUAGUCGGUUUGUACAUUUAGGAUGGGGGGUUUUAUUCAAUCACCGGUGGUUGGAUGGAAAAUCGUCCACCGCUGGGUUAACUUUAGGAGUUUGUUCUAUGUAAAUGGGAUAUCAAACGACAUGAAAGGAAAAAGAAGAAGAAAGAAAGAAAGAAAGGAGCUCUACAUUCGUUCUUUGGUGAUGUUAGAGAAAAGUUAGAUGAAGUUAUAGAUAGAAUAGAAUCUGUUGUGAGAAGGAUGUUACUGAUAUUAGCUAUUUUACUUUUGUGAAAAAUGCUGUUGGGCCCAAUUUUCUAUAUACGUGUCUUUUUUAGUGUCUCCCUAGAUUUUUGGCUCACAUUGUUUGCCAGUUUUUGUUUUGACAAAACUAAGGAUUUUAGUUCGGUUUUGGAUUAACGCAUUUCGCGGAUUCGAGUUUCGAGUUUCUUUACUGUAGUAAUUUUUGUAAGAGCGUAGUAAAAUUAAAAUUAAAAACUCAAAUUAGUUAAAUGAACGAGACA